AUGUCGAUUUCUGGCAAUGAGAAUGGGAACGGAACGCCUCGUUCAUCGCAUCUGUCGCCGAUUUCUGCUACAUUAUCACCAACAUGGCGCCCCCCGAAAUCACCACUACCCCCUCACCGGCUCGCCAAACUAGCCAACGCACUGGGAGUCUCAACACCUGUACCAGCCAGUCACAACUCCUCUUCGUUCCUAUCGCGCUCCUUCUCGGAGACGGCCAGUUCUAUCGAUCAUCUCAGGCGUUCUCCUACUCCUUCGACCGCCGCAUCCUCAAUGGGGUUCAGCUCCUACGCCCCGACGACUUCCAAAUUCCUGUUGCACGUUAUUCCUCCAAUGCACCUGCCCCAUGAUUCCAAUAAUCUCGAUGAUAUGACCUCGCCGCCCCCGCCAAACGCUCCAGGGUAUCACACGCAGUUCCGACGCGGUACCCUUGUGCCCGUGCAUUCCACGCUGCAAGGGCAAUUAGGGGCCAUUGCGAAGGAAUACGCGCUUCCCAGCUCGACUGGUCUCAUACUAUACUUGGUGAGAAAUACCGCGACAAGCCCUUCGCCCCAAUCCUCGGAAGGGUUGGACGAACCCGGCCCACGGUUGUCAGAGGAGAUCUGGAAGCACUUAUGGACUCGCGUUCUGAGAACUGAACAACGGGAUGAUUUGCUUCUGCCAUCCCUGAGUCCAAAUCCACACACCCCACGAACACCCCAGUUACUAGGCCUAGGACCUGCAUCUCGCUCGACGCCCUUCCUUCCUCAAGAAAUUCCCAAUUCACCUUUGCGACCGCUCAUCACCUCGCCAGUGCCCGAGCCUGUUCCGCCUGUUCCCCAUGCACCUCAACCAACGUAUCCGAUCGCAACUGCUCCCUCGACGCCGUCCUCUAACUCUGAUAUCAGGUCGAACAACAAGUCUGCACCCCCAUCAUCCGUCUCGCAGUCGGAACCUGGAACGCCUGAUACAUCAGUUGAAGAUGCUGGCGUCCGCGCGAACUCUCUCGAUCUACCCGGCCUCAAUUCGCCGUCACUGAUACCCAUUCUCGCGAAGGUAGAAUUCGAUAUCGACCGACGGAAGGCGGGGUGGUACGAACCUUGGAUUAGAAGUCGGAAGGCCAAUCAUGCCAAGCGCACGGGGAAUAGCCGGAAGAACAGCAACACCAGUCGGCAGGAUGGUGAGGAAGGCGAUGGAUCAAGAGAACGCGCGCCGCCAAUUGAGCUGAUAAUGGGCAGGAAGAAGAAGUUGGAUCCAUUCGGACUUGGUAUUGCUUCGGAUGAACUCAAGGCGGAGCAGGGAGAGAAGAACACAGGUUAUGCGAGACUUUCGGACUCACCUCAGGACUUGGAGGACUCUGAUAGCGACUCUGAGCACGGAGACCUUGUUGAGGACGCCACAGCGAAGGUGUCAUCAUUUACUGGAGGCAAGGACCCCUUGGAUGACGUAUUCGGAACCGACGCUGAUACCUGGGCAGACAUUCGUGCGGAGAACGGCGAUAAACGCAGGAAUUCUAACCCGAAUAUUGUCGACCUUCCACUUACUGGAGAGGAACUUAGUCGACUCCCCGACGACUUCGAGGAUGAUGAUAGUGUAUCAACAAAGGAGGAGGAGGAGGUGAGAGAGAUGCUGGACAAGAUGGGCAAGCCGCAGCUGGCCGUAUCGAUCCCUUCGCCGGAGAGAAAUAAAAAGGUUCCUCCUCCGCUGGUCUUGAAGCCUCACGACGCAGGUACGACGGUUGUCUCCACUCAGCCAAGUCCCAGCCCUGCGGGCGAAAGUGCCGGUCUUGCAUACUUGAGGGACUCUCCUGAUGAAGAUGACCCCAACCGAGACGACAUUCGUGAUGAGUUGGGCGAGUAUAGUCGCGUUCGUAGCCCUGCGGAGUCGGAGAAGCGUGGAGGAGCAGUGUUUGACGAUCUUGACCUUGGCUUGGAUUCUACAGAGGAUUUCGAUGAUAACGACCCUAAUGAUCAUCGAAGGAGUCAGUAUCUCCUCAGGGCACAGCUUGACGAGAUUGAAAGAACCAUGGCCCAGCUCUCUCCUCGCAUGCUGAAAACCGAUCUCGAAGAAGAGCAGAGCUUCAGCUUCCAUUUAGCGAAUUUAUCGACUUCGAGCUCGCCUACCAAAUUGACCCUCUCUCCAGGAAGUGCGCGUCGUGACUUUUUCCCGCCGUUAUCACCACCCCGUCUUCCUCAACAUCCUGACCCGCCCGAGACACCUACAGAAGCUACUGGCCAUUCUUGGCCUGCCGUACCAUUUUCCCAGAUCAAGGAGAAAGUGAACGCAGACGCGCCGCCUUCGCCCCCUCGUCUGGCUGUCAAUGGCAUCACGACAUCGGCGCCGAAGUCGUACAAGCCAACCUACAGACCGUCAACAGGACCUUCAGAGACCGAGAAGCGCAAGAAGGAGCUUGAGGACGAGACUACAUUGUACCCUCCAGUGGCACCUGCAAGGCGUAAUGAUGAUCCUCCGUCGGAGUCGCCUGUUAUUCCUCUAUCUCCUGAUCCAUUCGGUCGUUAUCCCUCCACGCCUGAACCGUAUGACCCGCGUUCGUCAGGCACGUCUUGGGAUACCAUGACCAUUGGACGUGGAAGCACCCAGACGCUGGAAAUAAUCGCUGAGGGUGACGCUAAGACCAGGGGACGUGUUCGCUCUGGGACGACGACGAGCCGCUUCUCUGCUGACUCUCUCAACGGCGAGGAGGUCAACGCGCUUGCCGCCAAGUCCUCGAAUAGGUCUACCUUGAUGUCUGUGAAAAGUAUCAGGAAGCUCUGGCGAAAGAGCAAUAAUAAAUCAAUAAGCUCCACCAUAUCAAUACCACCUCCUACACCUACUACUACCUCCUCGGGCAGAACCUCACCCGUGGCACCCCCCCAACGGCCAGAACGGCCGUCGCAGGAACAGCUGGACCUGCCUGAUAUGCCCGACAUCCCACCACCGAGCAACUUCGGGCGACUUUCACCCCAACCGAGUGGUGGAACACCACAGGUUCCUCGUGGAUCGCAAGAUCAACUGCACCCAGGGCGCAGACCCUCCCAGGAUUAUCCACCCCCACCACCCCCUUCUCGGCCUUCAUUAGAUCUAGCAGGUCCCUCAGCACCCCAAUUCCAGCAACUUGCUGUCCCAUCCUUCCCAGGUCGAAAUGCCAGCCCAACUGGUGGACCGAUAAUCACUCCCCAUAUGCAAGCUUCCAGAUCAGCCUCAAAUCUGGAUCGCCUUCAUUUCGAUCAGGAAUCUCCUUACCCAAUUCGUAGGUCUCCGCCAGCAAGGCAGUCUCCUCGUCCACCGUCCCCUCCGCCGUUGCCUGCGAUCCCAGAGCAGGAGAAGAACGUGGCUCGCAAGUCGAUAUUGAAAUGGAAAUCGUCUUCAAACAUCAAUAGUAACUCCAAUGGGGCAAUUGCGUCGAGCUCGACAGAGCCGCAGCCGCGUUCGAGUUUCGAGAGGCCAGGAGCCAAUGGCAAUUCUCGGGGCCGGAGGCCUAGUGUGAUCAACUUUGGGUCGACAAGGUCUUCUGUGACUUCGCCUGAGCUGCCGCCGAGUCCUCAGAUACCCACCCAGUUUAUCAACGCGAAGAAUGGCGCCGCUGGAGGCCUCGAACAGCGACCGUCACAACGGUCGAAGUUGACCGCUUCGUCAACGUCGACGGAUCUAUCAUACUCACCUCCACCACAAGGCACCCUAGGCACAAGGUCGACUUCUCCCCCACGAUCAAUGACCUCGUCCCGCGACUCCCAGGAGACACGACCCAGCUUUGAUGCUUCACAGUUCGAGUUCGUUUCACCAAAAGCGGGCACAUUGACCUACCCGUAUAAUUCACUUGACCAACAGUAG